AAGGUAGAGGGGAGGUCUUUAAUAAAUAAUAACUGACAACGGAUUGAAACAUCGUCAUUUGUUUCAAGAUUAAUCGAGGAACUAUCUUUCUGCCUGUAGGCAUUCACGCGGAUCAGCAGAUGUAACUAUUUUUCUUAGCUUUUUCCGGACAACUGUCAACUUCCCAUUAUUUCGAUCUGUGCAUCAUCUCGGGAACUUAUUUGUGCACUUUAUUGGAUCGUACCGCUUGCUAAAGCUCAUAUUUGUGUUUCGCAAAUCGCAAUAUAAAUUAUAGCUGGCUCUGCUCAGCAUCUGUGAGUGAUUCGAAUUACACAUACAUAUGUCAUACACACUCUAAAAUUUGUACUCUUCUACGUAACUGCAAAAUUCUGGGCCAUGAAUGCCAAACCCCCCGAGGAGCAUCAAUUGGAUGAAGAUGGAGCGAUUGAGCCAAUACCAGUGAAGCUGCCCCCACCAGUUCAUUCCGAUUCAUUUCCGGACCCGAUCGUCUACACGGAGAAAGGGGUGCGGAACGUACGCACGACCGAAAACGAUCCUCCAUCGCUCUGCGAGAAGAUAGUCUGUUUCUUCGCUUACGUUCUGUUCGUCAUUACGGUCCCCUUUUGCUUUUUUUUCUACAUAAUUGUGCUGCAGGAGUUCCAGCGUGCUGUGAUCUUGCGGUUGGGUCGUCUGCGCAAGGGCGGGGCACGGGGUCCUGGCAUGGUACUCGUAAUACCUUGCAUCGAUGCAUACCGGAGGGUUGAUCUGCGAACCACCUCAUUCGAUGUGCCGCCGCAGGAGAUACUCACCAAGGACUCGGUGACCAUCAAGGUGGAUGCAGUUGUCUAUUACAGUGUGAGGAACCCACUCGAUGCUGUUCUCCAGGUGGCGAAUGCGCGCGAAGCCACGCGAUUGCUGGCCAUGACCACGCUGCGCAACGUCUCUGGAAUGCAUAUGCUGAUGGAGCUGCUCACCUCAAAGGAGUCGUUGUCUAAGCAGAUCGAGUGGAUACUGGACGGGGCUACCGAAGCCUGGGGGGUGCGGGUCGAGCGCGUCGAGAUAAAGGAGAUUUACAUGCCGGCGCAGUUGCAACGGGCCAUGGCCGUAGAGCAGGAAGCGGCUCGCGAGGCAAGGGCGAAGGUAGCGGCAGCCGAGGGCGAGCGUGACGCGGUCAAGUCGCUCCGGGAAGCCGCCGAUAUAAUGAUGACGAAUCCCAUAGCACUACAGCUGCGAUAUCUUCAGACGCUCAACACCAUAUCCAAUAAUCAAACACGCUCCUACGUAUUUCCCUUCCCCGUGGAUAUCGUCAAGAAAUGGAUGGGCAAAUGAAGGGGCUACAAACAUGCAUAGCUUCUUCGAAAUUUAUGAUACAUAUGUAUGUAUGUAUAAGUACUAGCCACUAGCGGAAAAUGUUUCUGUGUCUUAUUUUGUAAAUGAAUAUUAAAAUGCUGGUGGGGCA